AGAGGGGAGGGGCUGUCUAAGGGAAUCUUCAGCACAGUGGAGAAGACUGGUCAUCAGUUUUGCUCAUGAAAUACCAAAUAUUUGAGCUAAUUGUGCAGAAUGCGUUAGUUUUGUGUUUGAUUUACAUAAAAUGGGACUGAUUGGUGCAGGCCGUAUCUGGGCAGCUGGGGGCGCGCAGUGGACUCAAAAUGUUGCGCGUUCAAGGGAGAAAAAAAACCCAUCUCUCGCUCUGCCGCGCCUGCGCAGUUCCGUUGUUCUCGUCACUCCGAACUUUCGGGAGAACCACGAAGGAAGGAGGAGAGAGAGAGAGGGGGGAGAGCAACGCCAUUUUCCUGGCGCUGUGGAGUCAGACAGGCGUCUGUAGUCCUGGAGGGUAGUGAAGCUGGACUCGGUACCAGUUUGAAUUGUAGCGGGCCAUCAGAAGAAGAGGAGUGGAGGAGGCAGAGGUGGAGCAAUGUCGGCCUUGUGGUGCGAUGACGAAGAAGAGCUUAGGGUGGGCGGAGUAAAAGGAGGGUUGAGAGCCAAACCGAGGUUCUCCUUCACUGAGGUCAAACUGCUGCUGGAGGCGGUGAAGAGGAACAGAUACAUCAUCCUCAGAAAGUUUAACCAGGGGGUGUCAGCUGAAACCAAGAAGCAGACCUGGGCUGAAAUCACAGAUCAGAUCAAUAGUCUGGGAGAAAAUCACAGAGAGGUGCGUCAGAUCAUGAAGAAAUGGGCAGACCUCAAAUGUGAUGGAAAGAGACGCAUCGCAGCCCUGCGGGGCCCCAACGGCAGCAACCUGAGGAAGAAGAACCUGGGCCCCGUGGAGAGGAUGGUCCAUAAGAUACUGAUGAUGAGUCCUAGAGGAGAUGGCGACAGUGAUCUGGACCUGGGCGAAGAUGAUGAUUUCUCCAAGCUUUUCAGUAAAGGGCCACCCCCUAACCCUCCUGCCUACUCCUACCUCAGCCUGACUGACAGCUCCCACUCAUUACCUGGAGGAGCCUCCUUUGACAUCUCUCCUCUGUCCUCCCCAGAGAAGGAACUUACGGGAGACCCUUUCUCAUCUGACUUUGACUUCGACCUGGCUGACGACGGAGAACAUACCCUGGAUUUUGAUGAAAAUGAAAACUCCAUGUUCUCCUCUCUUCCCCCGCCCUCCUCCACCUCCCUGGACCCGCUGCCUGACAACGCCCUGAUGAGAGUCAAGCCAGUCCACACCUACUCCCGAAACAACAGCCAGAACCAUAACCACAGCCAGAACCACACCUCCUCCAGACCUCCGCCAGGGCCCUCCUCUUCAACUGUGGCCUCUACCUCCUCUGUUUUCCCUUCUGUGUCAGAUGCUGUGUCAUCCUCUGCUGUGCCUCCAUUGUCACAGUCCCCCACUAGCUCCAGCAUGACGGCCUCUGGACUCUCUGCUCCUUCUUCUUCUUCCUGUUUAUUUGCUCACCCUCCUGCCUCCUCCUCUGCGACUGUGGUACCCACUGACUCUACCUUUCGCCCUGUGCCCACCUCUUUCUCCAUCCCCCCACCUCUUGCUCCUCCUGCCACUUCUUCCACUGCUGUAUCCUCCUCCUCUUCUGGUGCUUCUGCAACCUCUGCUCUUUCAUCUUCUGUCCCUUCUGCCAGCUCUCGUCAACCUCCUCCUUCCUCCUCUGUCCCCCCACCUUAUCAUCCCCCCACCUCAAGCUCAAACCCAUCUGACCCUCUCCCAGCUGGAGCGUCCUUCUACAGGUCCCAGGACCAGGUGGCCCAGAUGGCCUCUCAGAGCCUCCAGCAGCAGCGGGCCAGUAGGAUGCUCCUGACCUCGGUGUCCCAGUCUCUGGAGAUUCUGGCUCAGUCUGUGCAGCUGCUGGUGGAGAGCCAGCAUGAGUUUGUGCAGGAGUCGCUGCAGCUGCAGAGAGAGACGGUGGACAUCCUGAGGGACUUCUCCAACACUGCCCUGACUAUGUUGAGGGACAAAACCCACAGUGGACAUCUGGCAGCACACCAACAUCAUCAUCCCCCUUCACACUUCUGAAAAAUGAAGAUGAACACACUAGUAGUUUUUCUCCGGAGACAAAAAUGGGCUGAAUGGGAAGAACCAACAAGUCAAGUGCAGGUACAUUUUGACAGUGAAGAAAAGCCGCCUGUGGGGUCCUUUGGAUUUUAACAUCUGUCUUGUUGGUAAUGUCAUGAAAAAGACUGAUAUUUGACUUUACCUGCAUGGAAUUGGGACAAAAUAUUUGCCCAAAGGCAGACUGGCAGCACAGGCAUGCAGUUCUAGGCCAGGAAGUUGUGCCUGAGUUGUGCUUUUUCUUUUGUAUGUUUUCCACACUGUAAUUGCCAACACGAGGGUUCUGAGCUGCUGAAACCCUGACACCUGCUUUCCGACUGGAUUGUGCUGAUGUGUGACGACAGUAGAUCUACAGUUCUUAACCUCAGGACCCCCUGAGGGGUUGUGGGAAGGGAC